UACGCGCCAUCUUCUAGCUAUCGAGCAGAGAAACAUACGUAGCGUCAAAUCUCACUUGUUUGUUUUUGUUGAAAUAACCGCUUUUAUUAGCUAUACCGAACAAUGAGCGACCUUGAGGAAGGAAACUAUGAAGGGCGGGUUAUUGAACCUGAAGGAUUUGAAGAGUUUUAUCCAAGAAUGAUGAAGAAAAUGUUCAAGAUAAAAGAAGGCUAAUGAAAACAUUUACAGAACAGAACAUAGAGCUGGAAAGGGAGGAAAUGUACCGGAAGAAUGGUGUCAGAUAGACGCGCUUGCAGUGUAAUGGCUAAAAUGAAACAGACCUGGAAUCAGAAAAUGAGAAAACUGAAAAAAGAAGAAUGAAGAAGGAUAGAAAUCCUGAGAGAAGGGAGUAGCGUGUAAAGAAUCUGGAAGAAUGAAUGUGUCCCUAGGGGUCACGCUCCCCAUCUAAAUCGGAUCAUGGGAGUCCAGCUCGGGUCAAGUCGGAGAGCAGGUCCGGCUCUCCGAGCCCAUCCCGGGCCUCCAAACACUCUGAGUCCAGAUCCCGGUCUCGGUCAAAAUCCAGACGUCACUCAAACCGCCGCUACAGUCGUUCACGCUCUCGAUCCUAUUCCCACCGGAGGAAGUCUCGCUCUCGUUCCUACAGUCCUGAAUACCGACGCAGGAAGAGCCAGAGCACAUCCCCUAUGUCAAACCGGCGCCGUCACACUGGGAGUAGGAGCCAUGACUUCACAAAAGAAGCAUACAGUCAUGGCGGUGGUGCUGAUGUUAGGGCAAACCCUGAUCCCAGCACAUGUUUGGGGGUGUUUGGCUUGAGCCUGUACACAACUGAGCGUGACCUGAGGGAGGUGUUUUCACGCUACGGUCCUCUGGCUGGGGUCAACGUGGUGUACGACCAGCGCACAGGUCGAUCCCGCGGCUUCGCCUUUGUUUACUUUGAGAGGCUUGAAGACUCCAAAGAGGCAAUGGAGCGAGCCAAUGGCAUGGAGCUGGAUGGGAGGCGCAUCAGAGUGGAUUAUUCCAUUACCAAACGUCCCCAUACCCCUACGCCAGGAAUCUACAUGGGCAGACCUACACACAAUGGUGGUGGGGGUGGUGGCAGCAGCAGCAGGAGGGGAAGAGACUCCUAUUAUGACCGCGGCUAUGACCGCUACGACAGAUAUGACGAGUACGACUACAGAUAUAGUCGCAGGCGCUCUCCAUCACCCUACUACAGUCGAUACAGGUCUCGCUCACGGUCUCGCUCCUACAGCCCACGACGUUACUGAAUUGCUUCUUUCAACAUUGAGUGUCCCUCCAAUAACUGACGGGUGUGUGAGACAUCAAAGUGUUUCAGAAGGGAACAUUUUGAUUAAGCAUGUCUAUAUCAGCAGAACUCCUGAGUUUGAACUAGUUCUUGUUUACGUAAAAUAGCUGUCUUAAUUUUUUAGACGUUUGGAUGCAUCCGUGUGGAGUGUGAGCGCAGAAAUCAGCAACUGUUGCUUACUCUUCAUUGUUAAGACCUGCAUCUUUCUUUCCUCCUUCCAUUUUCUGCAGCUUGGAUCUCCUCGUUCUGUUCACUUAUGAUUGAUCAGAUUUGUUGUAUGCAUCACUCUUAACAUUGUUGUCAUGCUGGGGAAAGAAAGCUCGGUUUUAGUUUAAAAAGACAAGUGACACUUGAUUUUGCAACCUGUAUUAAGUAGUUAUAUUGAUGCACUUUGUGUAUUUAAAGAUAACCCUGAUUUAUCCCAGUGUUAAUGCUGACACUUAAUGACUUGAUAAUAAAUCAAUCAGGCUGUAAAAUGAAGUGUUGCCAAUAUCAGAAGUUUUUGCUCACAUUCGGUCUUUUUUAUUUUUAUUGGGGGC